AUGAGGUUGCUACAUUUAAUCUGGCUACUAGGAUACUUGGGAUCGACGAUUUUCGCCCAGGAGCAUUCAGCUGCAAAACUCAACCGACGAGAAGAAGAUCAAAAAGAACAAGAACAAGAACAAGAAAAAGAAAAAGAACAGGUACCACCACCUGCAGGAGAGAUUGAGCUCCCGCCAUCGUUAUCAACGCAAGAGUUUGACAAACUCACCUCACGGAAGCUAGUGCUCGUGGAAUUUUACUCGCCAUAUUGCCACCAUUGUAAAGAUUUUUUCCCCAAAUGGAAGGAAGCCUACUUGGAAAUCAAAACCAAGUUUCCCCAGCACAGCGAAGUGAUCGACAUGAGACAGGUCAACUGUGUCGAGAAUGGAGACUUGUGCGAGCGGGAAAUGAUUGACGCCUACCCCAUGAUGUUGCUCUAUGCACCAGUGGUGGACUCCACGGGACAACCCGUGGCUGGAAAAUCCAAGAAUAUCGAUGCCUUCCCGCGAAAUUUGGCCAAGACUGCCGAUAACGUGGUCAAGUAUGUUCAAGAGAGUGUUGCUGAGUACGGCGAGGGCACCAUGGCCAGCAGUUCCAAGAUGUUGAGUUUGGACGAUAUGUUCAAGGCCAUUAGCGGUGAGAUUGACCGGCCCAUGUUUGUAUCUUUCUGGCAAGCCACCAGAGACCAAUGGGAUAGCGUCGACUUGGGAGGCAAGAUGGUGAAAUUUUCAGGCGCAUGUGUUGAGUGUUUGCGCCAUAAACAGACUUGGGACCGGUUGAGCAACAAGAUUAUCGCUGUUGCUGAUUCGGGUCAUGUUAUGUGCCAGGAUAACCCCGAGCUAUGCAAGAGAUUACAGUUGGAUCUGUUUUUAAAUGGGCAGGCGACACAACCACAGUAUAUCAUGUUCUUGCCCAAGGAUAGAAAGACUGUUCGGUUCGACUAUGACGGCGUCGCCGAGGUCUCCAAGAUGAAAUGGUGGGUUUACAAGUUGUUUGAAAAUAGCGCUUACGAAGUCGUAUCUGCGCGAAGUGUCACUGAGGUGAUGGAGUAUAGUAAACUGUUGCGGCACGAGCCGAUUGCCCAGUAUUACCCGCUCAAGAGUAAAAUAACCGUGUUGUUUUAUUAUGACGUCAAUACUGUUGUGCCCGAGGACGAGGUGAUUUUGCCCUAUAUGCUCCGCACAUUGCAAGCAUCGCCGUUUAAUGUUCAGUUGUAUAAAGCCAAGCACAAGAAAAUCGAGGAGAAUGUUCAAACCAUGGGGAAUAGCUUGAUUGAGUUUAUCAACUAUGAUGGAAACGACGACAAGUAUGAAUUGGACAAGGCGCUCCAGAUUGCUACGACUAUAACUGAAAUACCCACAAUCUACGUUUUCAAGGACAACUGCCUAAUCCCCGAGAUAUACCAAAACUUUGCCGUGGAGGAUAUGAGACAAUACGACAAGAUUGAAAAAUGGUUGCAAAGAGUACAGUUUCCCUUUUAUGGCGAAUUGAAACCGGAGUUGGUAUCAACAUAUUUCCCGCUGGUGGAUUCACUGCUCAUCAUACCGAAAAAAUCCAAGGUUGUCAUUGUGUUUGUUGACUUGGAAAACCAAAAGCAAACAGAUGAGCAGUUGUACAAGCUCUCGUUGGUGGCUCACGAAUACAACUAUAUCAAAAGGCGACACCAGUUCCAACAAAUCGUCGAGGCGCGAAACGCCAAGCAUGAAAAAGUUGAAAAGUUGAAAGCAGCAAAUGCAGACAAGGACGAAAUUUUGCAAAUGAUGAGACAAAAAGUGCCACAUCCAUGGGACGAGGACGAUGCCAUAUUCACCUUCUUGGACAAGUCCAAAUCCCACCAGUUUAGAGGCCUCAAGAAUUGGAAAAUCAACCCCAAAAACUACGAAGUUGGGGACGUUGUGGUUGUGUCUCGUGACCAUCGAUAUUUCUGGAACACCAACGCUGACGACGGCGCAAGGCUACGCAACGAGCCUAAGCAGGUCAAACGUGUAUUGGUUUCACUACUCAACGAAGACGGGAACAUCGAACGUGGACUCGUGGGAAGUCCCUAUUCCGGCGCGUUGAGUUUUAUGAAUCUUGUCCACGAGUAUGGGAUCUUUGGGUACAUUGCCGUGCUUGUUGCUGGUUAUUUCGUUGCUGGGUUUAUUGUUAGAGUUGUCAAGAGACGGAGGUAUAGAUCGCAGGGGAUUAUCGGCGUUAAUAAUGGCAAUAACAACCAGAGUUUUUUGCCCAAGAAAGAUUGA